UCUGUGAACCAACGGUUGCGCGUGUCGUCUUAAAAGCAGAAAACUACUGAAUGGAGGACGUUUGAUUUUUAACUACUCAUGCAUUGCUGCAAAUGGCCAGAGAUUCUUUCGAACAUGGAGAAUAGCUUAAAAUGAAUUUAAUUGAACGUUAAUUUUAAUUUGCCACCCGGGGGAAAAACAGACGAGGACGUAUUAUUAUUAUUAUUAUUAUUUAUCUCCCUCCCAAAACUACAUUUUCAUAGUUUUAGGACAAGAAGAUACAUUGCAUUGGAAAAGAUGUCCAUGAACAGCGGCGUAUUGAACACUGAGUCAUUCUGUGUGGACAUCCACAAAGCAGCGCGUCAUUCCCACGAAUGUUUUGACGUGCUUUCUUCACAACGGCUGCGCAGUUUUAAUUUGAACGGGGUGAAUUGUCAUUUUUGUGAAAUAUAAUGACUAUGUCAGUCCCGGAGAGACACUCGGGCUCGGAGGAGAAGGAGGAGGAGGAGAGCGAGGAUGAGAGUGAGAUUGUGGAGGAGAGUCCGUGCGGUCGAUGGCAGAAGAGAAAGGAACAGGUGAGUCAGGGGAAUGUUCCUGGUGUGGAGAGCGCCUCUCUGGCCAUGGACACUGAAGAGGGUGUAGAGGUGGUGUGGAACGAAGUUCUCUUCCAUGACAAGAAGGUCUUCAAGACGGUGGAGGACAAAAUGAAGGAGAUGUUUGAGAAUCUGAUGCAGGUUGACCAUCCCAACAUUGUGAAAUUUCACAAAUACUGGCUGGACAUUGGAGAUAACCACGCUCGGGUUGUGUUCAUCACAGAGUUCAUGUCCUCUGGCAGCCUGAAACAGUUCCUUAAGAAGACCAAGAAAAACCACAAGACCAUGAAUGUCAAGGCCUGGAAACGCUGGUGCACACAGAUCCUAUCUGCCCUAAGUUACCUGCACUCCUGUGACCCUCCAAUAAUUCACGGCAACCUCACCUGUGACACCAUCUUCAUUCAGCAUAACGGCCUCAUUAAAAUUGGAUCAGUUUGGCACCGACUCUUUGUGAAUGUGUUCCCAGAGGGGGGCGUCCAUGGCAAGAUACACCAACAUCGAGAUGAUAAGAGAAACUUACACUUCUUCUCUCCAGAGUAUGGCUCAUGCGAGGAUGACUAUGCCAUUGACAUCUUUUCCUUUGGGAUUUGUGCUUUGGAGAUGGCCGUGUUGGAGAUCCAAGCCAAUGGGGACUCUGUUGUGUCUAAGGAGGCUAUAACCAAUGCUGGACAAUCACUGGAGGACCCACUCAUGAGGGAGUUUACCCAGUCAUGUGUGCGUCAUAACCCCAGACUCCGCCCAACCGCACAUGACCUUCUGUUUCACCGCGUGUUGUUUGAAGUGCAUUCGCUGAAACUGCUCGCAGCACACUGCCUCAUCAACAACCAGUACAUGCUCCCAGAGAACUGUGUAGAGGAGAUGACCAAAUCAUUUGACCCAAACGGCAUCAUGGCAGAGAUAAUUCACAAAGAUCGUCCUCGCAUUCAGCUCAAGUACUCUCAUGUCUCCCCUCUAGAGCUGGACAAGUUCUUAGAGGAUGUAAAAAAUGGCAUCUACCCACUGAUGAACUUUGCCUCUACUCGACCACAUCCCGUCCCUCGCGCCCUCUCCAUGUCCCAAGAACAGGUGGAGACAGUGAAGACGCCCACCCCUGAACCGCAAGAGGCAGAAACCCGGAAGGUGGUACAGAUGCACUGUAACCUGGAUUUUAAUGAAGAAACGACUAAAACUCAUCUCACCUUGUUCUUAAAGCUAGAUGAUAAACUCCACCGGCAGCUCAGCUGUGAUAUUAUGCCAACUGAUAGUUCCAGAGAUUUGGUCAAUGAACUUAUCCAUUAUGCCUUCAUCAGUGAGGAGGAUGGUGACAAGAUGGUGGCGUUCUUGGACGAUGCCUUGAACCGCUACCGUGGGUCUGCUAGUGCCAUAACGACAGUAUGAACGACAAUGGUCUGUAGCCAUGGCGAUGGAUAUUUACAAGCCAGAGGAACCCAAGAGGAAGGCCUGGAAAUAGAAUGGAAAGAAGGAUCCAGUUUGUCAACCAGUAUAAUAGAUAAUGAAAGCAAAGAGAGUUGACAGAUGAUGGAAAAAAGACAAAGAGAGUUGACAGAUAAUGACACUGACUUUUGUGAGCAGGUUAGUUGGGCACUAGGAAUGCAACUCUAAGAUGGAUGUACUAACCUCUCGGAGUCCCUGUCCAGCACCUCCAGGCAUUUUUGGAGGAACUGUCCUUCCCACAAACCCAUGAAGUGCUCAGGGGCAAGUUGGCCACUUAACAACUUUUCCCUGCUCUAUUGAAGAGAGUUGUGUGUGGUAUAGGAGGGGCAUGCUGUGGAAAGUUUUAUAGAUGAUAUAUGACAAACGAAAUGUAGAUAAAGCAUCUUUGCUAAGAUUGCCAAUCUUUGCUUUGCAGCUUAAACACUGUUCUACUAAAAAACUAUAAUUUAAAAAGAUAUUAUACGCAAGUAUACAGACAUCCAUGAGAGUGCUUGUACAUACGCAACAUUUGUUCUUGCGUUACUGUGGCGUUACUGUGGUGGUCACAAACUUCAGUCCUUAAGGGGGUGAUAGAGUUCCCUUGUCAGUGCAAGUAAAGUGGAUGUCUUGUUAUUUUUCAGGUGACUAGCUAUGACUGUCAACAGUUUAAUUAACUUUAAUUUGCUCAGCAACAUUCUCUUCAAACUGUAAUGGUGCGUUCACUCAUUGCUCCAGCAUCUCGCGUGGCGCGAUUACAUACAAAGUCAAUGCAAAGAUGCGAAUAGACAAAUGAAGCGAAUGGCGCAACUCGAACACGCAAAAUCACUUCAUUCGCUUAAUUCGAACACAAGUUUAAACACACAUCUAUAAUCCAGCGGUCAAACUCGUGCGAGCAAUGGGAGACGAACAUUUUCUUCGCGUUGUAUGUGAACACACCAUUAGAAGCUGCAUUUGGAUGAAUUGCAUUCUGACAUGUUUCAGAACGCAGUGUUGUGUGAAAUUGAACAACAAGCAUUUGCAUUCACAUACUUGCAUUGAUUGGGCCUAUGUUACAGUAUGUGCCUAAGAGAAAAUGCACUACUAAAGUAUGGUAAGAAAAUUAUUUUAAAAUGGGAAUAGACUGAAAGGUCUAUUAGGAUGCACUCCAAAUAAACCUGUACUAGAUGACUUAAAAACAUUGCUUUAUCUGAUGUAGUUUGUCCAUUAAAAGAAUAUACAUUUGUAGUUUUCUCCUACAUAUUUUCCUCUAGUUGGCUAUCACGAGAAUGUCUUAAUAUGCAGCUGAAGUGUUUUACAUGGUGUAGAUGUACAGGAAAGUAUUGCCUUAUUUAAACGUUGCUUCAUUGUUCAUUGGUGUGUCAUAAGAUUAAA